AUGGCUUCAAGGAACCAUUUCUUGGACCCAGAGCUUGUCUCCAAGAGAGUAAAGGCUACGGAAUCACUCCUCAAUGACACUCAUAACCCGAUCCGACAUCUGGAACGUGGAAAAAUCCACCUCGCUCUGGGAUUCCCUGAUCUUGCCGCCACCGAUGCGUAUCGUGCGCUGACUCUGUUUGACAGCGUUCUUGAUUCAGAGAGUGAAUUUCCUGCCCGAAAGAGAAUUGUGCCUGAUGCUCUAUGGAACUGCGCUAUUUCUGUGGAUGAGCAGUCGGAGCCUAACAGCGAUGCGAGUGCCAAUGAUAGUGACGUUUCAAUUGGAAGCGACGUGGAUGAAGCGUCUGAGUCUGAUUCUGAAUUUGAAGACGUCACGUUGAGCGACUAUCAUGAGCACAUCGGCAAUGUCUACACGCUGUUAGUCGCAAGUCUUGCGCAGUGUGGGUGCAUGAGAGAUGCGUAUGACUUUUGCAUUCAGGGAUUGAAGCUCGAAUAUGGAGCGGAGGGGAACUUGGCACAACCAUUCUUGGAAAAAUCUAUAAAAGAAAUUCAGGAUGCCUAUGUCAAUCAGCGACGGUUACGAGCUGGCCCUGAUGUUAGAGAUGGGGAUAUCCAAUUCGAUCCAGCGGGUCUACAGGUCCAAGGAUACGCAAGGAGAGUUGUGUAUCCAUGGAACGCCCAUGAGCCAGAUCGGAAUUCCCCUGAAAUAGUGAGAUUUUUAAAUGAGAGGUUGCAGAACAUAGCACCAAAAUGUGAGGUCCGAACCGUGAAUCUACCUGCAUUACACGGCUUGGAGGCCGAUGCGGAAAAUGAAUCGAAUCCCGAGAACAGGGAAGAGGUCUCUGUGCAAUUGGGACUCUUCGCGAAGGAAGAUAUUAUCCCUGGCGAAACCAUACUGCACGAGUCAUCGAUGUUAACCGCCACGAAUCGUUUACAUGAUGAUCUCUGCGAUGCAUGCAAUAGCCCGCUGCCAGAACUUGGUUCUGCAGAACCAUCAGUGGCAUGCGAUAAUUGCGAUGAUACAGUUUUCUGCAGCGAAAGGUGCUACAAACUUGCGUGCGAAACCUACCACGGCGCUAUAUGCGGAGAGGAAGGCUUAGCCUCGAUAGGGAAAGACAUUCAAAACCCAAAGGACAAGGCAGAUUAUCUGUAUCUCCUCCUAGUCGCUCGCGCCUUUGCUAUGGCAGAGACGCAGAAAGUUCAUCCCCUGGACCUCCCAGAGGUGAAAUAUAUCUGGGGAGAUUUCCACCGGAUCGAAGAUGACCCAUGCGACGCCUGGGCAGGGAGGCUCCCUCCACCCUCCGCAACCCUUCCCUUUUCUUUCCAAUUAAACAUCCUUCAACCCAUGCGCAUCCUCGAGGAAAUGGGCCUUGAUCCGUUCGACUCACUGCGAACCUACGAUACCUGGGUCGUAAACACCCUAUAUGCCAAAUUCCGUGGCACAGCCUCCGGUCGCUUAUCUACGUGGGACGGCGGACCCGAGGUGUGUGCAGUCCACCCGCUCUGGUGCCUAGCAAAUCACAGCUGCGAUCCAAAUGUGCGCUGGGAGUGGGGAGGUGAGAUCACUUUCGUGGCGAGGAACGAGACGGAGAGAGUGCAGUGGGGUAGCUCGGAAGAAAGCGAGCGAAGGAAAAAUGAUCGUGGGGGAUUUGCCAUUAAGAAAGAUGAAGAGAUCUUAAAUCAUUACUGUGACUUGGCAUUGGUAGUAAAGGAAAGAAGGGAGUGGGCUAUGGGCGCAUUGGGCGGGCCCUGCCAGUGCUCAAGAUGCGUUUGGGAAGAAUCUCAGUCGUGAAUUGAUUGCUAUUAUCUCAACGGAUUGGGAUGCAUGGAUACCCUUAUUUUCUACCAUUAUGAAAGUCAGAGCAGUCCAGCCUAUAGAAGAAAAGCAAGAUAUCAAUUAAAAAAAAAAAAAAAAAAAAAAAAAAA